UUAUCGCCUAUGAUGUCAUCCUGGAGGUAUAUAAGGGGGGCAGACCGGUCCUGGUCCAGUCACAACGUCUGGAACCUCGAACUGAAGAGCAGCCGUCGCGUCCUCCUCAGUUACCAUGAGUAUUCAGCGUGGCGGAUGUAUGAUGAUCCUGGUCUUGGUGAUGUCGUCCCUGGCGGAUCCUCUUCACGCUGUGCCCAAGAGAGUCGCUAAUAGGAUGGUGCCCUCUUGGUGGUCCACAGCCAAGAAUGUGUGCUGGUCGGCGUCGGACUGUGAGCCCGGGGAGUGCUGUGCCAGGCCUAUGCUUUCCUCCAAGGCCUACUGUAUGCCCCUGAGGGACCGGGGUCAGGUCUGUGAUGCCUCGCCUCUCAUGCUCGACUUCGCCAAGCAGGUAUACUUCAGCGACUGUCCGUGCCAGUACGACCUGGUGUGUGCCUCCCUCAGCAACAAGUCCAAGUCUCAGUGUGUCGACCUUCGCACCCUCGAAGUCGAUUACCGACGCCUCGCUGCCAUGAACCUUCCGCCCCUGAGCGAGAACCACUGAACCACCUCCUCCUCCUCCUCCUCCUCCUCCUCCUCCUCCUCCUCCUCCAGUCUUCACCCUCCAUCCUUGAGGCUGUGCGGCUCUACAUCCACUUGACCUGCCAGUGACGAGGUCCACCUCCACUAUCACCUCUGAGCUGCUCCAAGACCAACUGCUCCAAGACCAACUGCUCCAAGUCUCUCGGCAGGUUUUGAAUGCCUCAAAUGCCUCGUUUGGACCACUUAGAACUACCUCAGGGACUAAUUCUCACCAUCUCAAGGACCACGUCUAAAUGCCUCAAAGACCAUUGCAAACCUUUAAAAGCGCUUUCUCUAAUUAUCAUAACUUUUCUAUGCCCCGUGGUCCAUUUCUGACCUCACAUGGGGUCCAUUUCUCACCUCUUUAAACUCGGUUCCCGCUUUCGAUGGCCACUUUCUGGCCUCUCAGACACCCUCUCUGUCUUCUCCAAAGACUACCUCUCAUUACACGUCUACAGGUCCACAUAUUAUAGGUCCGUAUCCUUUAGUCACACGUCUGAAAAUUUCAAGGCUUCUUCCAAAACCUAUUUCUGACCUCCUUAAGUCUACUUCUAACCACUACAAGACUCACUUCUAACCAUUCCAAGGCACAUCUUUGCACAUUACAAGUUUCGCGUCUGACAAGAUGCUUUUCUGACCAGUCCGAGGGCCACUUCUGGCCGCCAUAGGACCACUUCUCGCUAACGACCACAAGGACAACUCCUGACCACCUCUAAUUGUCACGAGAACCACCUUCAGCCAUGCCGAGGACGACUCAGUCAUCUUAAGGAUGGCAUUCUACCUCAAGGACGACCUCAUGCCAUCUUGAAGAUGACCUCCAACGAUCUUGUGAGUACCUUCCACCCGCUCAUGAGGAAGACAAACGGGUACCAUCACACUAAAUCAAAAAGAUGAAUGGAAGAAAAUCACCCGGCAUGAUGUGGACCUCAUCAAUCGCAUGUGGCUGUCAAUCUCUUUCCGCAGGGUAUUCAUCACGUCUGCCUCACAUGCCUUAGGCCACAUACUGACGGUGUGUGCUUCUAUACCCCUGUCCACCGAGGUCAAUACGACAGGCGGUUGUGUCCCUGUCAAAAUAACAGCGUCCGUGGCGUCGGCUGGACUUCGAGCUGGUGUCGACGAGCCCGGGAACCUGGGCAAGACUUCCAGGAGCCUCCCAUCCACCACAGGAGCUGAGACUGCCAAUACGUGUUCUUCAGGAGACAUCAUGGUGACGAGGGCGGUGGAUACCGUGUUACUGGCGGGGUGGGCAGGCCAGACGGCGUUCACUGCUUCCCUGGUGGCGUUCAUAGAUCCACAAGAGGCGUUCACAGCUCACUAGAUGGCGUUCACAGCUCUCAAGGUGGCGUUCAUUGCUUCCCAGGUGGCGUUCACAGCUCUCAAGGUGGCGUUCAUUGCUUCCCAGGUGGCGUUCACAGCUCUCAAGGUGGCGUUCAUUGCUUCCAAGGCGACGUUCACAUUCUCAACCCUAUCCACCUCAUGCUUUGGUCCGGCUAGUCAAUACAAAACAAUGAUAACCCAACA